AUGGACGACCGUUCGUCCUUUACACAAAUCCCACCCGGCUAUCCCGAUGGGCCUCCCUCAUAUGUCAACGGCCCAGGAGAGGAGGAUGCUAUGAGUAUGCCCGUACUCAACAAUUCGCUAAGACUGCUCCCGCAGGGUCAAGAUGAGUACAGACCGCGCAAGCCAGUGCCUGACCCCAAGGUACUGCGCGUUGCAUGGGAAGACUCUCCCACAGAGUCCGCCGUCCCAGGCGCCAGGAUGCAGUCACCGGUGUCUUCACUGAUUGCGGAAGCCGAAGAGAGUCUUCGGCGCAGUCGUCAAUCGACCACCUUUAUUGGCCGGGCGCCGACCCUCAAGGCCACUGUGACCUUCAAGAAGAGCUCUCAAGCUGACAGGAGUCCUUCAUAUAGAACCUCUCCCUCCUUUCGAGGCUCCCCAGAACGAUAUCGACCUACAGCGUCGAGCGCAUACAGCUCAAGACCGGGCUCCAGCCUAGGACGGGCCCCCUCCAUACCCCCGCCGACGGCGAACCCUCGCUCACCCAUCAGACCUUCUACACCUUCUCGAGUGUCUACCGACUGGGGAAGACCAGCUGCGUCCACUGUUUCUUAUGAACCGGCAGACCUUAAUGGUAGCCCACGCCCAGGCACACCGUCCUCCCAGUAUGGCGGAAGUCCACGGAGGCCACUACCUCCUGCACCACUUUUCUCGGCCAAGGGCGCUGCAGCAGAAACAACGAUACCGAUCCCAGAUUCAGACUUGGAGAAUGACGUGUUUGUGAACGGUCACCCUCUUGUCCCUGACAACGAUCCCCGGGCGAGUCUGAAAUCCGCCCAUUCGUACAUGACUGACUCGACCUUCACGGAAGAGGACGAUAUACAGAGCGAGAAAUUGGACCACUACGGCCCUGCUCCAGAAGGAAGACAAGAUCGACGAGGACUGAGGUCUGCACAGAUGACAAAGAAGGAAGUGCGACUCAUCAAUGGAGAGCUGAUCCUCGAGUGCAAGAUCCCUACAAUCCUACACAGCUUUCUGCCUCGAAGAGAUGAACGAGAGUUCACACACAUGCGAUAUACAGCCGUCACCUGCGAUCCAGACGACUUUGUUGUGCAAGGUUACAAAUUACGCCAGAAUAUUGGAACUACACUUCGAGAAACAGAGCUCUUCAUCUGCGUUACCAUGUACAACGAAGGCGAGAUCGAGUUUACGAGGACAAUGCACGGCAUCAUGAGAAACAUCAGCCAUUUCUGCUCGAGGACAAAGUCCCGGACAUGGGGCAAAGAUGGUUGGCAGAAAAUUGUCGUCUGCAUCAUCGCAGACGGGAGACAGAAGGUCCAUCCUCGCACCCUCAACGCUCUGGCCGCCAUGGGAGUCUACCAGGAUGGUAUAGCCAAGAACGUGGUCAACCAGAAAGAAGUCACCGCCCAUGUAUAUGAAUACACAACUCAGGUGUCGCUGGAUGAGAGUCUGAAGUUCAAAGGAGCGGAGAAAGGCAUCGUUCCUUGCCAAAUGAUCUUCUGUCUGAAGGAGAAGAACAAGAAAAAGCUCAAUUCCCACCGUUGGUUUUUCAAUGCUUUCGGACGCGCCCUGACACCCAACGUUUGCAUCCUGCUUGAUGUGGGCACCAAACCGGACUCGAAAGCACUCUAUCAUCUCUGGAAAGCAUUCGAUCAAGAUUCCAAUGUCGCCGGAGCAGCAGGUGAGAUCAAGGCUGACAAGGGCAAGGGGUGGAUAGGCUUGCUGAACCCGCUGGUCGCCUCACAAAACUUUGAAUACAAGAUGAGUAACAUCCUCGAUAAGCCACUCGAGUCAGUGUUUGGCUAUAUCACCGUGUUACCUGGUGCUCUAUCAGCGUAUCGAUACUACGCCCUUCAAAAUGAUCCAAGUGGCCACGGUCCGCUCAGCCAAUACUUUAAGGGAGAAACGCUACAUGGUCGAGAUGCCGACGUCUUCACCGCCAAUAUGUAUCUCGCUGAGGACCGAAUCCUCUGCUGGGAGCUUGUUGCGAAACGUGGCGAACAGUGGGUGUUGAAGUUUGUGAAGAGUGCAUACGGAGAGACUGAUGUGCCCGACGCUGUUCCCGAGUUUAUCUCUCAACGACGACGCUGGCUCAAUGGCGCUUUCUUCGCGGCCGUAUACUCGUUGGUCCAUUUCAAACAGAUCUGGCACACCGACCACACCUUGACUCGGAAGAUCUUGCUCCAUGUCGAAUUCAUUUAUCAGUUCGUCUCGCUGCUAUUUACCUUCUUCUCCCUGGCCAACUUCUACCUCACCUUCUACUUUAUUGCUGGUUCACUGUCGGAUCCGAAGAUCGAUCCUUUUGGCCACAACAUUGGAAAAUACAUCUUCAUCAUCCUCCGCUAUACCACUGUUUUGUUGAUCUGUCUACAAUUCAUACUCAGCAUGGGUAAUCGACCGCAGGGCGCGAAGAAGUUGUUCACCGGUACCAUGAUCACAUACUCGAUAAUUAUGGCAUACACCACCUUUGCGUCUCUCUACAUUGUGGUCAAGCAGCUCACGACACACGCAUUGGAGAACACGGACCCGAAAAAUCCGUACAAGCUGGGGAACAACAUCUUCACCAACCUCAUUGUCAGCACAGUCAGCACUAUCGGCCUCUACUUCCUCAUGUCAUUUCUGUACCUGGAUCCAUGGCAUAUGUUCACCAGCUCGGCACAAUACUUUGCUCUGCUGCCGUCGUAUAUUUGUACUCUGCAAGUAUAUGCAUUCUGCAACACGCACGACGUCACUUGGGGUACCAAGGGCGACAAUGUCAUGCACACCGAUCUUGGAGCGGCCAAAGCGGUCGGAUCUGGUGGGAACACGGUCGAAGUGGAAAUGCCCUCUGAACAGCUUGAUAUCGAUUCCGGAUACGACGUCGCGCUUCGCAAUCUCCGCGAUAGAGUCGAAGUACCCAAACCUCCCGUCAGCGAGUCUCAAUUGCAGGAAGAUUACUACAAGUCCGUCCGUACGUACAUGGUCGCAGUCUGGAUCGUGUGCAACGCCAUUCUCGCCAUGGCUGUCUCCGAAGCGUACCCUGUGGGCAGCCACAUCAGCAACAACGUGUACCUCAAAAUCCUUUUGUGGUCUGUGGCUGCUCUGGCACUGUUCCGCGCCAUUGGCUCGUCUGCAUUCGGCGUCAUCAACAUCAUCUCGGCCAUUGCGGAAGGAAGACUGCAAGCCAAGUUUGAAAAGAUCUUUGGUGGCGGGGACGAGAAUGGCCGACACAGGAAGGGGUUGGGUAGUGGGAUCAGCGAGAGUGGAAAGACGGGACUGAGCGGCGGGAGCAAGGGCAGUGCCUCGGGCAUCAGUUUGAGCGACGUGACGAGCAAGAUUUCUGAGAAGUUCAGUUGGAUAGGGAGGAGGUAA